AUGCUCCAACCACCAGAUCCGGGCUAUCUGUCAGCAUCCGGAUCGUCCUGCACAAUUGGCCCAGCAUCGCCGAUUUAUCCGGACCCACAGAAAUUCGACGGCUAUCGCUAUCUGAAAUUAGCCGAGCAAGACCCAUACUGGAACCGGAUCGGCGCCUUCGUCGCAACAAGCCCUGAAAGCCUUGGAUUUGGUCUGGGAAAGGAGGCCUGUCCUGGAUGGUUCCUUGCAGAUCUUGAAAUUAAGCUCAUUCUUUACUAUCUUCUGACGCACUAUGAUAUUAAGCUUCCGGAGGGGGUCACUGCAAAGCCUCGAUACGAAGGCGUGUUCCUGCUGCUUGACCCGGGUGACAUUCUGAUUCGACGACGUCCAGAAGAGGAAGCCAAGUUUCCGGACCGGCGCCAGGACGAUCAAGCCUAG